AAGUACACGUGCAGGCAACUAGCUGGUACAGUACGUACAUAGACCUAGCUCGUCAUGUUCCUGCAAGGGACCUAGUUCUUCGACUCCCCUGCGCAGCUUUCGCCAGGAGUCUACGCCUAAAAAAUAGGCUAACCAGCGCAGCUUUCGCCGUGAAUCUCGCCGACCGUGCACCGCCCAGAACAGACCGCUUUCACAACGAUUCUCCGCGCGCAAUCCUAGCCGUCCACGUGUCCACCCCCGAAGCUCGACCAUGACGGAUGACUGUCCACGUUAACUCGGAAUCAACCCCAAGCGAUUCACCCCUUUCUCAAUGCCGCUUCCGUUACUCCUCACUACCCUCACCCUCCUCCUCCUCGUCCUCCUGCUCCCGUUCGUUCCGCCGUCGGCGUCGGAGGACCUCUUCGGCGGCGCAACCGGCGUUCGCGAGCUCGACGCGGCCAGCCUCGUCAACGACGUCGUCGCGCCGCUCCUCCUGGCCGCGCGCUUAGCGCCGCAAUUUGCCGCGCUUCACCCCCUGCAACAGCCGCAGCCAGAGGCGGUCGCGGUAUGGCCGUCCUCGUUACAAGCACAAGGGGGGCAGGAGCGGAAACUGCUAGGAUACCAGAGCGCGGAAGAAGCGGAAGAAGAAGGGGGAGCGGGGGGAGCUGCGCGGGGAGCGGCGGAAGGGGGAGAUGAGGCGCAGGGGAACGCAGGUGGUGAGAAUGAUGAGGGGCGUGGGAUGAGAGGUGAUGCGGGUGCGGCGGAGUUGGGCGAAGCGGGGGAAAGGGACGGGAGAGAGGACGAGGAAGAGGAGGCGGAGGAGGGCGAGGGAGGAGCAGAGGAGGAGAAGGAGAAAGGAGAAGCAGGGGAAUCAGGAGAGGAAGAGGAAAGGGAAGAGGACGGGGAAGGGAAAGAGGAGAGGGACAAGAGGGAGAAGAGUGAGGGUUCUGCUCUUGAGUCAACUCAAAAGAAGAGUGAGGGUUCAGGAGCUUUGAGCGAUCAAGGAUCUGGGGUUGGUGGUCUGGGAGGUGCUGGGUUGAGUGAGGGGCUGAAGGGAACUGCUCUCGCGGAUGGAGUGGAGGCGGAUGGGAGACGAGAGGACGGCCGCGAGGAGUCGCAUGGAGGAGGGACGGAGGGAAGUGAAGGCCGAGAAGCAGGGGGGCAAAGGGAGCAAGGGGAGGAAGGGGAGGAAGGGAGGAGAAACAGCAGAGGAAGAGGAGCAGGGAGGAUAGGAGUAGCAGGGAGAGCGCUGGAAGGAGGAACAGCAAGAGAGCAGGGACAAGCCAACAAAUCUGUACCCUUGCCUGUAUGGAUUGAAUCACUUGCAACCUUCCAUGGAGCUUCCUCUACUGCCUCCUCCUCCGCCUCCUCCGCCUCCUCCUCCUCUUCCCCCCCGUCCUCCUCCCCCUUGCACCUUCCACCCACAACCAUGCCCCCCCCCUCCGUGCCUAUAUGGCUAGUGGCGUGGUACCACCCCCUGUGCCACCACUGCCGGGCCCUCAGACCUCAUCUUAUAGCGGCUGCUGCUGCUGUCGCACACACGGGCAUGCAAGUGGGAGCCAUCAACUGCGAGAAACACUUUGUCCUUGCGUCCCAGUACGGCAUCGUCUCCUUCCCCACAAUCCACCUCUUCAGUCCCAACCACAGCACCCCACCUCUCAUGUACCAUGGCUUCCGCUCCUCCCACGCCAUCACCGCUGCUCUCUCCGCCUUCGCUGCUUCCAACGGCACGCGCCUGCCCCUCACCCCCUCCUCCCUCCUCUUCCAAGCAGCCCACCAGCUGCAGAUGUUGCGAGCCCAGCCCUCCUCCAAGGCCCCCUUCCUUCUCUCCCUCCUGGCUCUCUCUCUGCUCUCCCUCCUGCUCUCUCUCUCUAAGUCCAGCGCUGCUCCCUCGCCUCUCUCUCCCUCUAGCCCGUCUUGUAAUCGCAGCGCCAGCGCAGCAACUGCAGGCGGGGGAGAAAGAUGGGGAGGAGGAAAGAGAGGACGAUCUGCGAGAGGGGGAGGGCAACUGGGUUGGGGAAUGCUGGGCUGGGGAGUUGGAGCCGUUGGGAGGAGAGGGCGGUUGACAAGGCACAUGCAUUAACUAUUGGUGUGCUAGCUACGGUAAGUCCGAGCUUGGUGAUUUAGUGAGAUUCGGUGACGGGUGAGGUUUGGAAAAACAAAAACAUCAUGUACAUAGUGUCGUGGCACUGGGAUAACAUUGUUGAUCCUCUCUCUCUGUCUAGGGAGAGUACUGGGCAGGCUUUCCUGGGGAAGGUAGAUAUAUGGAGCCUAACCGUCCUGAUGAUAUGGUAGGACUGGUGACUUGAUGAUUUGGUAUCAGAGCCAUCCGGGGUUCAAUUCCGAAAUGUACACGCUAUCCGAGCGGGGGGGUGUGUCGUGGCAUUGGGAUAACCCAGGGAAGGUGGAUAUAUAGAGCCUGACCCUUCUGAUGACAUCCCUUCUUGUCCCAGUGGUUAGGACUGGUGACUUGAUGACUCAUAGUUGUGCGGAUGGGGUACAUCCAGGGCCUCAGAUUCGUUUUGGGGCACGUUGAUCGCUCAGGGUCCCCCCCCUUUAGCUCCCUGUUUUUUCAGGCCUCGCAUAAAAACUUACGCUGAUCAAUCAGGGUGUUGUGAUUUUUUCACGCUGAAUAAAAAGUCACCUAUGGU